AUUUGCUGCAACAAGAAAAGCCUUUUCUUUUAACCCGGCUUCCUUUGAAGAAGUAGCUCAGGAAGCUUCAUGGCCUCUCAAGACUCUCAGGGACAAACCAAACUAAUCUUUAAGGAUUACCUCCCUGGCUCUUCUGACAUUCCUCAACAGAAUACGCCUGUUGAACCAACAAGUCUCUGGAAGCAAACAUCACACGCUCAUAAUUUGCCACCUGGUCUGGAGUACCUGAACCAGCUGGACCAGAUAAUUAUUCAUCAGCAAGUGGAGCUUCUGGAAGCCAUACUUGGCACAGAGACCUCCAGCAAAUACGAGAUAAAAAACCCCUUGGGACAAAGAGUUUACUUUGCGGUGGAAGAGAACGGCUGCUUUGACCGCAAGCUGUGCUCGCCCAUCAGGGCGUUCACCAUCAGGAUUGCGGAUAACGCGGGCCGCGAGGUGAUCCGAGUCAUCAGACCCCUGAGGUGCAACAGCUGCUGCUUCCCCUGCUUCCUGCAGCAGCUAGAAGUUCAGUCCCCACCAGGUACAGUAGCUGGGUACGUUGUACAGAACUGGGACCCUUUUCUGCCAAAGUUUACUAUACAGAAUGAAAGUAAAGAAGAUGUGCUAAAAAUAAUUGGCCCAUAUGCAACCUGUGGCUGUUUUGAAGAUGUUGACUUUGAGGUAAAAGCUCUCAAUGAGAUGACAACGAUCGGCAAAAUUUCCAAGUAUUGGUCUGGAUUUGUCAACAAUGUCUUCACCAAUACCGCCAACUUUGGGAUCCAGGUCCCUAUAGAUCUCGACGUGAGGAUCAAGGCAGUCAUGAUUGGUGCUUGUUUCCUCAUUGACUUAAUGUUCUUUGAAAAUUCUUUGGAUGGAUUAUAACAAGAUGACAGAAACAAUGAAAUAUGCAGAAUGUGUUUCAGUAGCAGUGCAAUCAGGCUGCACGAGUUGGGAGAUCACAGGGAACCACUGCUGCCACCUUUCCCAGGAGGAAGCGUCCUGUGAGCUUCGUGGGCAAGAAGCUCCCUCGUGUGGAAAUUCCGGAAUUUGCAGAGGAAUACAGAAUUUGCAGAGGAGCACAGAAUUUUCAGAGGAACACAGGAUGCUUUUUGCUGUUCUCGCUAAUCUCACACUGGUGUCGUUCUGUCAAAUGCAGCUCCCGCAUGCCUGACUGUAGACUGAGAAAAAGAACCAGAUUAUUUUUUUCUCUUUAAAUCCCUUUGCCAUCUUAGACAGAAGUCACUGCUCUUGUAGCCCAUAAUCUUGGCUCUCGUGCGCUGUUACUGAGCUGUGUGUGUCUGAACACUCGACUGUAUUCAGUGCCUUAAGAUCAGCAGGAUCCCCUCCUAUAUUCCACUUUUCCCCUGCAAUUUCCAGUCUUCUUGUGGCCCUCAGCAUUUGUCUAAGCAAAUGUGUCCAACCUCAUUGAAGUCAAUACAAAAUAAGGUUUUAUUUACCCGCAGGGCUGAGUUUGGCUGUGAGUGUCCAUGUAUAUAACUUGUAGGUAAGCAAUAUGUGCAUAUAAUUUGCAGUUAAUUUCAACCAGGUGAUAACACUGGAUUUCUUGCACUUAGUGACUUUGUUGCUGUUUUUUGUGUUAAUUCAAAUGUUUUUUGCUGUUAAUA